AUGGAACUAAAUGAUUUGAUUACAGAGACAAGAAAGUUAUUAAGUCUUUCUCAAACAAAAGAUGCACUAAGUUUAUUGAAAAAAUUUAAAUCAAAAUAUAUUGAAAAUGUUGAAUUUUUACAAAUUUUUGGUGAAGUUUAUUUAGAAUUGGGUAAAGUUGAUAAAGCUUUUGAAUUUUUAGAAAAAUCUUGUAAUUUAGAUAUUAAUGGACAAUAUGGUUCUGAGAAAUUCUUCUAUUUAGGUCAAAUAAUUGGUGGUUCAAAAGGUAUUGAAUUGAUUGAUCAUGGUAUUUCACAAUUAACAACAAAAUUAGAAAAUAAUGAUGUCAAUGAUGAUGUUAGGAAAUUCACAAUUAAAAAAUUAAAUCAAGGUUUAUUUGCAGAGAUUGAAAUAUGGAUGACUGAUCUAUGUAUGGAACCUGAAGCUGAAACAAAAUGUGAUGAAUUAAUUAAUCAAUCAUUAACUAUAGAUGAAUCAAAUCCUGAAAGUUGGUCAUUAUUAACAUCAAUUAGAAUUUCUCAACAAAGAGAUGAUGAUGCAUUACAAGCUUUACAGAAAAGUUGGGAUUUAUUUGAACAGAAGAAAACAGCACUUGAAAAUAAUUCUAAUGUUAAUACAACUGAUAAUUCUCAAGAGAUUAGUAUUGAAUAUGUUGAAUUGAUACAACCUUUAAUAACAUUAUCAAGAUUUGCUAUAGAAAUGGGUCAGUAUGAACUGGGUGGUGUUAUUGCAUCAAAUGUUAGAGAUAUAGAUGAAGAUAAUGUGGAGAGUUAUUAUUUAGAAGGUUUUACAAAUUAUUUAUAUGUUAAAAAAGCUCAGUAUGAUUUAAAAUUUCCAAAUUAUGAUGCUGAAAUUUUUGAUUCAUUUGUUAUUGAUCCAAAAUUGGAUGGGUUUAAAGAAAAUUUGAAACAAAGUAGAGAGAAUUUAUUACAAGUUUUAAAAAUUUCAAGUCAAUUUGAUGUUGAUGAUGAUAUUUUAAACCAUUCCAAAUUUUUAAUUAAUGAAAUUGGAGGUGAAGAUGAUGAUGAUGAAGCUGUUUCAAAUAUUAAUGAAGAUAAUUGGGAAGAUGAGAUUGAAAGUGAUGAUGAAUAG